GCGAGAAAAGGAAAUUGCAGAUGUUUUGGGAGACAAUUUUGCUGAAGAUAACAUUUGUACUAAAGAUGUUUUUGCUAAAACUAUACGUAAAGAAAAUAUUUUUAUUGAUGUAUUUGCUAAAAAUGGUGGAUUUUAUGAGGAAGAUGUUGAUAAAGAAAUAAUGAUAACUUCAACACUUUUCGGUACUUCCGGUACUCUUACAAAUACUACAAAAGGAACCUAUGAAAUUACAGAUUUUUUUAAACCUGUAAGUGAUUUUUCUAAAAGGUUUUCAAUACCUUCUAUAUUUUCUAUAUUUCCCAUGACUUCUUGGGCAAGUGAGUUUUUUAGUAGAGCUGUAGCAUAUUCCAAGUCACCUUUACCAAAUAG